AGCAGAGCAGCAGCGGCAGCGGCAGCCGCCCGUGGAGCGAGGGCGGCGGUGGUCGGAGAGGAGGCGCCAAGGGGGGAGAAGAAGUCUCCCACCUCCUCCUUCCCCUCGCCGGCACCGCCUCCUCGGCGCUCCCCAGUGCCGGGGUGCCCGGGCGGGGCGGCGCUCCCGCUCCCCGCUCCCUGCCGGGGGUCGGCGCGGCCGGAGCAGGCGGGGGACACGCGGCCGGUGCCGUGCCGAGGGACUUCCUCAGAUGUGUUUUUCCCUCCUCGAAGUCUCUUUGAAACCAGCAAGACUGGGGUUAUGAAGUCAAUCCUAGAUGGCCUCGCAGAUACAACUUUCCGAACAAUUACGACAGAUCUGCUUUACGUGGGCUCCAACGAUAUCCAGUACGAAGACAUGAAAGGCGACAUGGCAUCCAAGCUGGGAUACUAUCCCCAGAAGUUCCCCCUCUCCUCCUUCAGGGGUGAUCCUUUCCAAGAAAAAAUGACUGCGGGAGAUGAUCCCCUGCUGAGCAUUAUUCCCUCAGACCAGAUCAAUAUCACAGAGUUUUACAACAAGUCCUUGUCCACGUUUAAGGAUAAUGAGGAGAACAUACAGUGUGGGGAGAACUUCAUGGAUAUGGAGUGCUUUAUGAUCCUGAACCCCAGCCAGCAGCUGGCCAUCGCCGUUCUGUCGCUUACCCUGGGCACCUUCACAGUCCUCGAGAACCUCCUGGUCCUGUGUGUCAUCCUCCACUCCCGAAGCCUCCGGUGUAGGCCCUCCUACCACUUCAUCGGCAGCCUGGCUGUGGCCGACCUCCUGGGCAGCGUGAUUUUUGUCUACAGUUUUGUUGAUUUCCAUGUUUUCCACCGGAAGGACAGCCCGAACGUCUUCUUGUUCAAACUGGGUGGAGUUACAGCCUCCUUCACCGCCUCCGUAGGUAGCCUUUUCCUCACGGCAAUAGACCGGUACAUAUCUAUUCACAGGCCGCUCGCUUACAAAAGGAUUGUUACCCGACCAAAGGCUGUCGUAGCGUUUUGUGUGAUGUGGACCAUCGCCAUCGUAAUAGCCGUUCUUCCCCUGCUCGGCUGGAACUGCAAAAAGCUCAACUCCGUGUGUUCAGACAUAUUCCCUCUCAUCGACGAGACUUACCUGAUGUUCUGGAUCGGGGUCACCAGCGUCCUCUUGCUGUUCAUUGUCUAUGCCUACAUGUACAUACUGUGGAAGGCGCACAGCCACGCUGUUCGCAUGAUUCAGCGUGGCACGCAGAAAAGCAUAAUCAUUCAGACUACGGAGGAUGGUAAAGUACAGAUCACUAGGCCUGAUCAAACUCGUAUGGACAUCAGGUUAGCCAAAACCUUGGUCCUUAUUCUAGUCGUUUUAAUCAUAUGCUGGGGCCCUCUCCUCGCUAUAAUGGUGUACGAUGUCUUUGGGAAAAUGAACAAGCUCAUCAAGACUGUCUUUGCCUUCUGUAGCAUGCUCUGUCUGCUGAAUUCGACAGUGAAUCCCAUCAUCUACGCUCUGAGGAGCAAGGACUUACGACAUGCCUUCCGGAGCAUGUUCCCCACCUGCGAAGGGACUGCACAGCCUCUGGAUAACAGCAUGGAGUCUGACUGCCAGCACAAACACGCCAACAACACGGGGAACGUGCACAGGGCCGCCGAGAGCUGCAUUAAGAGCACAGUUAAGAUUGCCAAAGUGACCAUGUCUGUCUCCACAGACACGACUGCUGAAGCGUUGUAAGCCAGAGACUUCUCAGCAUUGUGAGGAAAGGAGUUAGUUUAAAAAAAAAAAAAUCAACAACAGAGAAAACCAAACCCAUGGCUUAAUGUGUUUGUACCCUCCUGUAAUAUUUUUUUUUGGUUUGUCAUUGUAAGCUAAGCAAUGGUUGUGUUAAGAGUAUUACCAUCAGCCAGUUCUUCGAGUUUUACAAUUAGGGAUUCGAGCUAAAUUUUCAAAAGUUGUUUUCGUUUUUUUCUCAAAAAGGGUUUACUGAAUAAUAGUAAGUUUCCUGAAAGAGCACAGAGAAAAAUAUCAAGCUAGCAAAAGUUCCUUAAGGGUGUAUGAGGAAAAAUUGUGAAACCUAAUUGAAAACUAAUGCAUCCUAAAACAAUACCAUCAAAUAAGAAAAAGCCUUGUAAUCAUGCUGUUCAUUUCAAUGUGAAAUGUAUUUCAUGUCUGUAAGUAAUAGGAGUUUUUGAUUUUUUCCAAAAGCGGCAGUGCUGAGUUUUAGAGGUUUUGUAAAAAUGUGUUGUCCCGUGAAUUGUAUGCUGUUUUAUUCUGUGUUAUUGAUAUUUGUCCGAUUAAACAAAGUGAUAAGGUAGAUUUACGUGGAAAUAAUGUGAAACGUGAUAUGUAAACCCCAUUGAAAACACUUAUGUAUUUGAAGAAUUCCUAUGAGCUAUUUUGGAAAUUUUACACUUUUAGUGGUCUUCUGUGGACUUAGAGGAGAGGCUUUGUGUUCUUCUACUAAAAUUAUUUCCCCACUGCCUUUUACUUUCACAUGCAUAUGAGAAUAACAGCAACAAAGGAAUAGAGGAGGAAUAUAAGAGAGGAAUGCACUGGUUCAGACUUUUAAAUACCACUGCGUUUAUACAGAAGGACGUUUACUGUUGUACAGACUAUCGCCCUUUCCGUGGGCGUUGUGUGAAUACGAACACUGAAAGCGAAGGUCCCGGAUUUUGGCUCCUUGAGUCGCAUGCUGGUGCUGGACCACUGAAGACAGCAUGUGUCUGACUCCGUGUGUGAUGUUAUCACUGUGCUGUCGAUGUAUACUUGAAGUGUGUUGCAUUCCUGUAUCCCAGGUUUAAGCAGAUCCAGAGCCUGAGAUGCCAAACUCCAGCCUUCACUAAAAGAGGAGGAAAUAUUGUCAGGUUUAGGCAUUUUCUUAUCGUGUGAGCGUGUAUAUAAAUAAAUAUCUAUGUGUGUGUAUGUGUGUGUAUGUAUGCGUGUGUGUGUAAGUAUACUAAGUGUGAGUCAUGGUAGCAUAACUAAGAUAGGACACUAUGACCAAAUGUAAGCUGUAUUUCUUGUUGCACGCUUUGCACACAAAUUCUGUUUCUAAAAUUGAGUUCUUCCAACUGAUUACCGAUGAAAGUACCGCGUCACGAACAUACAGAUCCACUCUGAGGGGCAUAUCCAUGUGCUGGAGAAAGCAGCCUUCCAGUUGUGUUUGAGUAUAAGGUGAAGCAGGAGGCAGAGCAUGGCGUGAGCCAGCCUUGACCACCGCAGUGGCUGUUGAGGGUGUUCCUGAAAACAGAGAACGCCAGGAAUAAGGGAUCGUUCACAUCCUUCAGUACUCAAAUCCAAUUGCCUGAAGCAAGGUGAGCCUCACUGUGAAACCACGAUACAGAUGACAAGUUUAGACACCGUGAUCUUUGAGGAAGAAGUUGCUGAUGAAAAUGGCGACUGUGCUCCAUGGUGGGAUUGUUUCUGCAACCUGGGACUUACGCAAGGUGUGCGUUGCUAGAUAGACUUUGAGGCACGGAUGUUCUGUAACAUCAAGGGUGCUGAGUCCUGUUCUCUGCUGCCUUGCUUUUCUGGACCAUUUCCUCACCCUUCUUCAGCUGAUUUCUGCCAAAAUAGCUGCGAAGGAGGCAUAGCCAGCUAGCUGCCUGACACGUGCCUGAGGUUGGCUUCCUCGGUGGCAGCGGGUCAGCAGAGCCAAAUCCGUGCCAUCCUGCAGUGGGAUUACAUAGGGAAAGAGCAGGGUGAUGGUCCUGGGGUUGCUGGCCACCAGAAUGUCCUCGUGGCAUUUUGGAUACGGUAGCACAGGUCAGAGCAGCUGGUAGCACAAACAUCAAAGCUGAGCUCAGCUGGUGGCUCUUCAGUGGCGUAAGAGGCUGUGAGUUCAGGGCGUAAGACCUUGCGUGGGGUGGCACCUUCUGAAGAUCUCCCCGGACAAGGUGCUGGGCAGCAGAAAACGCAGGGGUAUUGUCCUCCCCUGGUUCCCUCCCUGCAGCUAACCUGGGUGGUGGGACGGGGCACCCACUCCCCAAGGAGCCAAGGCUAAUCCUUCUAUCUAGACAUAGUCCAUCCUAAAGCAAUCCUCUUGGAAGGGAGGGGGGAAGGCCGUUUCAAAUGUAAAGGUAUAUUAAGAGCCAUUUUUAAAACCGUCUUCUUGUGAAUUAAAUGCAAACUUCGUGGACUUUUCAUUGUGCAUUCAAGUUCUAAAUUUUACAUGAUAAAUCAUGGGACAAUGGGGCUGUCUUGGCACUUAACUUGGUGCUUAUUGAUAUAAUAAGAAAUAGCAUCCUGUGAAACGUUACCGUCUAUCAUCAGUAUCUUCAUUUGCAUAAUGAGUUUUUCUAAAGCUCUGGGAACUGUGUCGGUUCACUUCGAACCAUUUAUUCAAGAGGUGGCAACCAUUCCCCUACAAGUUGCAAAUGGAGUAGGAUGACUGCUUCAUUAGGAAAAUCCGCUGCCAUCCCAAGAUAAGCUGUGCACCACCUUCAGCUCUAGGUAUUCCCCGUUUGCAGCUGCCUGCCUUCACCUGGUGAUAGCACAGCCACCCUCUGUUCCCCGGCCACCCACACCGUCACCAUCCCACCAGCGAUAGUUGCUGUUACGUGUCCCUGCCCACUCCACAUGUCGUGUAGCUAGACGAAGACCAUCCCUGUCACGUUGCGUGCAGUUAGAUUUCUCAACAGUCUUGAUUGUAUAUUUGUAUAAUAUAAUUUCCUCAAUGCUGUGCAAUCACUAUCCACGUUUUUCUUGCACUGGCCUUUGGAUGAAAAUUUUUGUGUGUCUAUUGCGAGAUAGACAGCGCGUUUUACCUGCUGUUACUGGGCUGAAUGUAUGUAAAUAAGUGGGGAAAAAAAAAGAAAAAGUCAUCUGUACAAGCAGUGGCCUAAAAAGUCUGUAAUUGUAGACUAGGACAAUUGUUGAAGUUGCUGUGACAUCUCAAAUACUACCUUUGAAUAAACUGUUUACAGGGUCUCUUGGGAUGCUGUUUGAUAGUGAAAGGGAAAAAAAAAUCCUCGUGAUACUAUAAGGUAAAGAAAUUGGGUUACCUGAGCUUUUUAUUUCCAGUGUUUCAAAGUGGAGAACAUAACUCUUUAUUGUCUGUAAAUCUAACAUUAUUACUUCCUCUUAGAAGAAUAUUGUAUCAUUAGAUGUUUGUUUGAGCUGGUACAUCCUUGCAACUGCUGCAAUAUUUUUCAUUAGCAACCUGUAUAAUAGUUUGUACACAAGUACUGUUCAGAUUGUCAUGAAAAGUAGCUUUGACCAUUUACCUACCAGUAGCAGAAUAGUAUUUCUGUAAGAUUUCCAGUGUAUUACUACCAUAUCAUAUUUUAUUUCUAUAAUGUAAUUAAACUGUUAUUUAUUCAAGGAAAAAAGAAAAAGCAUUCUCUACUUUUUUUUUUGUUUGUUUUCCAAAUUUUGAGAUAACUGAGGAAGCCACGUGAUGAUGCUGCCUCAUCCCACAAUCUGGUGCUCUACGUUUUGUUUAUAAGUUUGUCUGUCAGAUUCUGAAACAACUGCUUAAACAACUUGACAACAGGUUGUCAAGCUUUGUGGGGUUUAAUUGUACGCUGAUAUCUUUGAAGGAGGAGGUAGAUUGUGUAUUUCAUAUUUGUGUAUUCGGUACUGUGGAGACAGGAGAGAAAUGACAUAGUUAAAGCUGAAUCUCCUGCUCCAUUAUGUAGGCAAUUUCCCCUUUCCUCUGUAUUAGCCAAAAUGCAAUAAAUCUAUUUUGCCUUCCUCAGAUGCAUAUGUUUGCACAGAGACGUCACAUUAGGAAAAACCCAUACACUUCA